AUGGCGAAGUGGGCAGAUAAACAGGAGCAGAUCCCAGAGCAGUCACGGGCAACAACCACAGGGCUUUUACUCAGUCUGCCAGCUUCGUCUGGGCAACAAACUCUUAACUUCACUUUCUCUUCUUCUUCUUCUUCUUCUUCUUCUUCUUCUUCUUCUUCUUCUUCUUCUUCUUCUUCUUCUUCUUCUUCUUCUUCUUCUUCUUCUUCUGCUUCUUCUUCUUCUUCUGCUUCUUCUUCUUCUUCUUCUUCUUCUUCUCCUUCUUCCUCUUCUUCUUCUUCUUAUUCCUCUUCUUCUUCUUCUUCUUCUUCUUCUUCUUCUUCUUCUUCUUCUUCAUCCUCCACCUCCUCCUCCUUUUCUUCCUCCCUAUCCUCCUUCUACUCCUCUUCUUCCUCCUCCUCUUCUUCCUCCCUAUCCUCCACCUCCACCUCCUCUUCUUCCUCCCUAUCCUCCUCCACCUCCUCCUCCUCUUCUUCCUCCCUGUCCUCCUCCACCUCCUCCUCCUCUUCUUCCUCCCUAUCCUCCUCCACCUUCUCCUCGUCCUCUUCUUCCUCCAUGUCCUCCUCCACCUCCUCCUCCUCCUCUUCUUCCUCCCUGUCCUCCUCCACCUCCUCCUCCUCCUCCUCUUCCUCCCUAUCCUCCCCCUCCACCUCCUCCUCCUCCUCUUCUUCCUCCCUAUCCUCCUCCACCUCCUCCUCCUCCUCUUCUUCCUCC